AUGUUGAAAAAUGGUACGCAGAAACUAUUUAUAAGCUUGGCAUUAAUUUCCAAUAUUUUCUUAAACGGACAUCCCGUUCCAGAAGACUGGAAGCUAGCUUAUAUAUCUUCGAUCCAUAAAAAAGGCAAUAAGCUGGACUGCAGCAACUACCGUGGUAUAUCAGUGACGAGCGCAAUGAGCAGGUUAUAUGGUAGAAUUAUACGUGAUCUCAUAGAAGAAGAUUAUAGAGAAAAGGAGGAAGAACAGAAUGGUUUUAGAGCAGGAAGGUCGUGUACAGAUAACGUGUUCUGUUUAAAACAAGUUAUAGAAAAAAGAUCGGCAAGAAACUUGGACACACAUAUAACAUUUGUUGACUUAUGGAAAGCGUACGACACUGUCCCAAUAUCAAGACUAUGGAGGGUACUAGAACAAUCAACUAUACUUAUAUAA